UAAAUCGUGAAUAUAUAUAGGUCAACGUGGAGGAGGCGAGGGUCAGGCAACAUAGAGCUGGCUUCUCCACUGAUCGACCUUUAUAAGAUGUGACGGUCUCUCCUCGACAGUCUCUCGAGAGUUACGUCAGUGCGGUGUCGUUAGGCGGGGCGGGGGCUGCGUUGUUGCUGUCGUUGUGCGGGAGGUGAAGACUCUUUCCCACCGUUCAGAUUUGGAGUAAACAACGGACAACAGCAGUAUCGUCGACUCUGUAAAGGAAGUAACAGCUCGUUAACGUGAGGGUGUUUUUGGUAUCUUGAGUCAACAUGGGGAGCUGCUUAACUGUGGGGCCGAACGAAGCUCUGGUGGUCUCCGGUGCUUGUUGUGGCUCUGAUGAGAAGACCUACGUCGUGGGAGGCUGGGCCUGGGCUUGGUGUCUCAUCUCAGACACCCAAAGGAUAACCCUGGAGAUCAUGACUCUGCAGCCCCGAUGUGAGGAUGUGGAGACAGCAGAGGGGGUAGCCAUCACUGUCACAGGGGUGGCUCAGGUGAAAGUCAUGACAGAGCAGGACUUGCUGGCUGUGGCCUGUGAGCAGUUCCUGGGUAAAUCAGUCAUGGAAAUCAAAGCUGUAGUUCUGCAGACUUUGGAGGGACAUCUGCGCUCCAUUCUAGGUACCUUGACUGUAGAGCAGAUCUAUCAGGAUAGGGACCAGUUUGCCAAACUGGUGAGGGAGGUAGCAGCUCCCGACGUGGGCAGAAUGGGCAUCGAGAUACUCAGCUUUACCAUAAAGGAUGUUUAUGACAAACUCGAUUAUCUGAGUUCCCUCGGGAAGACCCAGACUGCAGCUGUCCAGAGGGAUGCAGACAUCGGCGUGGCUGAGGCAGAGAGGGAUGCUGGGAUACGGGAAGCAGAAUGUAAGAAAGAGAUGAUGGACGUCAAAUUCCAGGCUGACACUAAGAUGGCUGACUCCAAACGAGAACUGGAGCUGCAGAAAGCUUCUUUCAACCAGGAAGUCAACACUAAGAAAGCAGAGGCCCAGCUGGCAUAUGAGCUGCAGGCCGCCAAGGAGCAGCAAAAGAUCCGUCUGGAGGAGAUUGAGAUCGAGGUGGUGCAGAGGAAGAAAGAGAUCACCAUUGAGGAGAAGGAGAUUGACCGGACAGACAAGGAGCUCAUUGCCACUGUCAAGAGGCCCGCUGAGGCCGAGGCCUACAAAAUGCAACAGCUGGCUGAGGGGCAUAAGGUGAGGACGGUGCUGAUUGCCCAGGCUGAGGCAGAGAAGAUCAGGAAGAUUGGUGAGGCGGAGGCUUGCUCCAUCGAAGCAGUGGGCAGGGCGGAGGCUGAGAAGAUGAGACUGAAGGCUGAGGCCUACCAGCAGUACGGAGAGGCAGCCAAGACUGCCCUGGUCCUCGAAGCUCUGCCUAAGAUUGCUUCCAAGGUUGCGGCGCCCUUAGCCAAGACCAAUGAGAUAGUCAUCCUCAGUGGGCAGGGCAGCCGCGUGACAGGCGAGGUGAACCGCCUUUUGGCUGAACUUCCUGUGUCAGUCAAUGCUCUUGCUGGACUGGAUUUGUCAAAGAUGCCGUUGCUACAGGGUUUGACCAGUACUCACGCCUGAAAGCCGACGACUUCACAUGACUUGUUGUUGUAUGCACUCUGACAGACUGCCUUUAAUACACUUGAAGAAUUUUGUUGUUUUAUACGUAUCUACUGUAUACAAGUGAAUUUUGGAAACCUCUGGUGCCUUACUUUAUACAGGACCAGAAUAUCUGCAUGCACUGCUGCUCAUUCAGAGAUUUUUUUAAUUUAGUUUUAACAUGGGAACAUUUUGUGUUGUCUUUUCUUUUGUUUUGUUUGAAUCGCGUAUAUAUAUUGGCCCAUUUGUAUGAAAUGUCAUUGAAAAGGAGAGCCGAUAGUCGACUUAACUCCUAUUUUUUGAUAUUUAUACAUUUAGGUCCUGCUUUUUCAAACAACAAGGCUCUCACUUUUUAUAUUCCAUAUGUUGCAGGCCUUUUGUUGAUUUAUGUCUUUCUAUAUUGUUAGACACGUCUGCAUAACCUAGAUCAUCUAAAUUUACUGUAGAACGUUCUUUGUAAAUCACAUGUUGUAAUUUAUAACUACCAAAUGUUAUUCAGGUUAAUUUAUGUCUCAGUGAUUGAGUUUUACGCUGUAACAGGUGCUCACAAUGUCAAAAUAAGCCCCUUUGAUUGUGUAAAUAUUGUCUGUUCCUCUAAAAGAAGUUUCACUCUCCACAAACUGUUGACAACAGGCAUGAGAUAUAUGCUUUUUAUUUAUAUGCUGGCAGGAAAACAGGAAGCAAAUUCUGAUCGUGUACUGAUAUGGUUAGCUUGUGAUGUGGUCCUUUUUUAGGAUUUAGUUUAGGUUUUUAAUGUAAGAUGUUAUUAGUUUAGAACUUGAUUAAGUUUGGAAACAAACUGUUGGUGUCACGCCAUCAAUAGAUGAAAAGACUAAAUUGUAAUUGUUAAAACAACUGGCUUGGAGUUGUGUGAGGUGUUUUAUUGUGGCACACAAAAGGCCAAAACACAGUGAGGUCAAAUAGAUUAGAUCCUUAGUCCUUUAAUUAUUUUUUGUAGCAGAAGGAUUUGGGAUACUGCAUAGUUUAUCUGAUGUUUAAAUUUCAUACUACAAAUAUCUGUAGACGCUAAGCCAUGUUUGACAGAGUGUCAACAAACCAAACUUUUACACUUUUCAGAGAAACACAGAACUUUCUGUUCAAUGUUUGUACAUGUCGUGCUUUGUUUGUUUUAAUAACUGUGACAUCAAAUGUAAAAUUAUCUUCUAGCAGAGUCAUUUAACUUAUCAAAGUUAAAGUUUUAAUCAUUAAUAUUGCUGUUUGUAAAUGGUCGCAAUGCUUUGUUGUUUUGGCGUCUAAUGCACCAAAUGUUAAGCUCCAGUACAGUACACACUGGGGGUGGUGGACGGGUACAAUAUAUUAUUGGACAGAACCGGUUGACCCCUCCUAUGAAAUAUGUCAUCCGCUGAGCCAGAACCUGUUUGUCAAUAGAAGACUGUUUGUCUCAGCCAGGAUGAGCAUACUGACACAGAACUUACACAGGACUGUUACUAUUGUUGGUAAUAUAUUUUUUUGUGCUCAUCCUCAGUUGAUUUAUGUUUGUAUCAUUCUUUGCUGAUGUUGUGACUUGACAAAAUACUGUGACCAUAUUGAUUUGUUUAGCUUUACACAUGUCCAGUGUAAAUAUGACAUGUUUGUGUUAGAUUCUUAACGUUAUUUACAACACAUAACACUGUGUGUCUCAAAUGGCCAUGAGUUCCUGUAUGCUCUUGCUGCAUGUCAUCUGUCUGUACUAAUCAGUUAACUCUUAGCUAAUUGUCAUUCUAAUAAAUAAAAAUGCCAUCAUUUAUUAA